GCCUGCAGGAAUGACCCGCCCUCAACAAGCUCCUGGUCCAGUUUGGAGGUUCCCCUGUCCCCCCCAAAGUAGAGCAUUGGUCCUGGGCAGGCCUGGAGGGUGGGGUCAGCAGCCAGGCAGGGCCCCUCACCCUGAUUGGGGAGUUCCCCUCCCAGUCUGACACCCCCAAAGCCCACCUGUGUCGUCCCUGUGCUCUUCAGGCACCAGCCGUUUCUGGGGAUUUCUACCUGCCCCUCCUUGUGUCAGAACAAGGCAGGAGGCGCUGACAAAACCCAUCUGCCUCCAGAACCCCACACUCCCCCCCCCAUGCCUUCACCUCGCUCAGCCUCAGUCACUCAUGCAUGCUUUGGGCACCCAGGGAAUCCCUCCAGGGCGUGACAGAGGGUGGGGUCUGUUGAAAGCGGGUGCCUUAGACACCCCACACACACAGGCUCUCAGCGGGAGCCUCUAGGAAGUGGAAGUGGGUCAGGCAGCCUGACAACGCUGAGCAAUGAGGAAACAUAGGCCCAGAGAGGUGAAGUCACUGGCCCACGGUCACACAGCUGGGCCUGAACAUUUGGACUCCGGGGGCUUUCUUCCCAGGAACCAGGGCCAGGACUGGGGGUUUCCUGCGUCGCAGCCCCCCACCCCAGAGGCCUGGAACGGGCCUCAGCAGGCAGUGCUCCAUCCUUGACUGAGGCCCCCCAAUAUGAACAAACACUACAACGUGCACUUCUCCAAGGGUGCCCUGCCCCCCCGCAGCCCCACUGAGCACUGCUUCCUGGGCCAGGAGCCCGGCCACCAGAAAGGAUGCUGCCACCAGCGGUGCCGGGACCCCUCGGCCCCUCGAACACACAGGCCCCGCCGGCUGCCACCCCAGGCCUACUGGCCACUGGCCUACCUGGGCCCCUUGGGGGGCAGCUCCUGGGGCCCCCAGCCCCCGGUACACCAGCAGCAGUGGCAACCUCAGAGCCCCCCACCUGGCCCCCUGCGGCAGCGUCUCUGCCCCGUUCACCAGGCCCAGAAGGGGCGGCCAGCAGCCAGCGUGGCCCCCAGAGGCUCGGCCAGCGCCCCCCAGUCGCCCCCUGCGAGUACCUCGGCCCCUGCCAUGGCCACGGCCACAGCCACGGCCAACAGCAGUAGCCCGGUGCAACCCUCCGCCACGGCCACCGUCCUGGAACCCGGCCCACCCACCGACGCCCGACCCCUGCCCGCACCCGCCGCCUGUGGCCCCUUCACCUCCAGUACCGAGAUCCUGACAGAAGAUGACGUCUACUGCAGCUGCCUGGCCAAGACGCUGUGUCAUGUGCCUGUGCCCGUGACGGUGGGUUUCUACGCCCCCUUCGGCUGCCGCCUGCACUUGAUGUUGGAUAAGAUCACAGCGCUGAUGCAGCAGGAGGCGGCGCAGCGCGAGGCGGAGGAGCUGCAGCGCGUGCAGUGGCGGCCGCGGGCGGUGAGCGGCUGGGGCCUGCCGCGGCUGCUGUGGUACCUGGUGUUCCUGCAGCCGGUGAUCACGGAGGCGCACCUGCGGCGCAAGAACGUGCAGUUCCUGUUCAUCCGCUUCAGCGCCUGGCAGUACGCGGGCACCGACAAGCUGUGGGCCGGGCUGGUGACGACGCUGUGCGAGGGCAUCCGGCGGCGCUACGGCGCGCUGCCCUUCAGCGUGUACUCGGUGCUGGGCAACAAGCCGGCGGCGCGCGGGGGCUUCUGCCGGCGCGAGUGGCACUGCCGGCGGCGCGUGUGCCUGGGGCUGGUGGCGCUGCUGGCGGCGCUCGGCCUCGGGGUGGCGCUGCUGUACCUGUCGGUGGGCGGCGGCGUGGCGCAUGCGGCGGCGGCGGGCGGCGCAGGCGCGGACGGCGCGGCGGCGGCGGCGGGCGCAGGCGCGGGCAGCCACGUGAUGCGCGCGCUGGGCGGCGCCGCCACCACGCUGUCGGGCUCGGGGCUGCUCAUGGCCGUGUACUCGGUGGGCAAGCACCUGUUCGUGAGCCAGCGGCGCAAGAUCGAGCGGCUGGUGUCGCGCGAGAAGUUCGGCAGCCAGCUGGGCUUCAUGUGCGAGGUCAAGAAGGAGGUGGAGCUGCUCACCGACUUCCUGUGCUUCCUGGAGAUCUUCCAGCGCCGCCGCCUGCGCGUGGUGCUCGAGGUCACCGGGCUGGACACCUGCUACCCGGAGCGCGUGGUGGGCGUGCUCAACGCCAUCAACACGCUGCUGUCCGACAGCCACGCGCCCUUCGUCUUCCUGCUCGUCGUGGACCCCAGCAUCCUGGCCGCCUGCCUGGAGAACGCGGGCUCCAUGAAGGGCACGGCCGACAACGGCUACCUCUUCCUCAACCGCACCGUCACGCUGCCCUUCUCCGUGCCCGUCAUGGGCCGCCGCACCAAGCUGCGCUUCCUGCACGACGCCGUGCAGAGCCGCGACGACCUGCUGUACCGCGAGAUGACGCGCCAGCUGCGGCCCGCGCAGGCCCAGCAGCAGCAGCAGCAGCAGCAGGAGGCCGCGGGGCUGCCCGGCGCCUCGGCCGAGGGCGCGCAGCUGCUGGCCGUCGUGCACACGGACGCCGAGGCGGUGGAGGCCGAGGCCACGCGCCGCAUCCAGCAGGCCCUCCUGUGCCUGCACGACGAGCGCGACUGCCUCUACGAGUACGUGCCCGACAACGUGGUGUCCAUGCGGCGCAUCGUCAACACCGUGCCCAUCACCGUGCGCCUGCUGCAGGAGCAGCAGCGGCUGCAGCUGGACGUGCUGGGCCCCACGCCGCGCCAGGCCGUGGCCUGGGUCGUGCUGGCCAACCAGUGGCCCUGCCGCCUCAGCUGGGUGCUGCAGUGCCUGGAGGACCGGCAGCAGCAGCAGGAGCGCCGCUACCACCACGAGCACCACCAGAACCAGGAGCAGCCGCCCAAGGCCCGGGCCGCCGAGCCCGCGCCCGAGCCCCGCGCGCGCCUCUGGGACGUCUUCUGCCACCACAGCCCCGAGCUGCACUCCCUCACCGCCACGCUGCAGAAGGUGCUCGACCUGGACGGCGACCCCGAGCUCUUCGAGCGCUUCCUCCGCGCCGACUUCCCCUUCACGGUGGGCGAGGCCCAGAGCCUGCUGCGCUGCACCGUCAACCUGGACCACUCCAUCCGCCGCCGCAUGGGCCUCCUGCGGGCCGUCAGCACGCUCAAGCCGCCCAGCCCGCCCAAGUCCCCCCAGCCGGCAGACCCGCACCCCCGGACGCCCGGCGGCGGGAGUGGCGGCGGCACCCCCCGGGCGUCGAGGGCCGGCCCGGCCAGCCCGGGACGCAGCCCCGGACACAGCCCCCAGCAGGCCCGGCAAGGCCAGGCGCCUCCCAGCUGGACGCUGGGGGACCAGACAAGACUCCUGGCCUGAGCGCCCUUC